AUGAUCCAAUGGCGACAAAAUGCUGGUACCGCUACUUGUAACUGCCUCGGUGGUGUAGUGGCUAGCAUGUACGGCUGCACACCCGGAGGUCCUGGGUUCGAGUCCCGGCUCGGGCCAAGUUUAGUUAUUGAGUCUUUCUGUAUAUUAAGCCUCAGUAACAGCCCGGAGUUGGGAAGUUGGCGGUGUUUCACCCCCGUGCCUCGGAGAGCACGUAAAGCCGUCGGUCCUGCGCCU